UGAAAUUUAAAGCUUAAUAUUCAGGACAUCAUGAUGAAAUACUGGACCUUGUGAAUAAGGGAAGAAUGACGUAAACAAUGCGGUGUUCUUUACAGCUCCGGCCGGUAGAAGGGCUCAGCAGCAUUCACUACAAAGGGCGAAACGAGGGUCAGAACAGAACAUGAUGCGGACGUGACGUAGGCGUCAUUCACUGGGGACCUUUAAUCCGCUGCCGCAGCAGCCCGGCCGGUAACGAGAGGAGGGGUAAACGGUCAGUCAGGAUUGGAUUGCGCAGGCUACAAUAUAACCGGAUAUAUUUAUAAAUAGGGGCCUAUAUUAAUCGAUUUUAAAAUAAGAACAUAAUAUUAAUUGUAGAAAACGCCGACUGAACAGAGACAAACCCCUCCUCUCUCGUUAGGCUACUUCCUUGUCGACGCAUCUAUUCUGCACUGUGUUCUCUUGUUCUAGGCGGAAAAUUGAAAAACUUCGUUCAAAUACAUAUUUUGACAUAAAUUAAUGGAUGAUUACGGGUUCGGUUUAUUACAGACAGCGACCAUUGGACACAACUCUACCCUUCUCGACGGACGCGCUUUCUGAUCCUAAUGCUCCUCCUCUUCUGCGGUUUCCAUCGGCCAGUUGUGCCCCGGAUCACCCUUGGUUUCGCGCAGUAGCCUCGCUGCCUUGUCCCCACUGUUCCUGUCAGCUGCUGCGCAUCAGCAAAACAUGCAGAAUGAGUCUGUGGGGGUGACAACCGAACAACGACCCUAGUCAACAGAGGAAAACUACAGCAGCAACAACAACACAAUCAAUAAAACCGGGAUACAGCAACCAAACCAAACCAACAACCAGCUAGGAACCCUCACUUCCUCCACAACCACCUGAACCAGAAUCCAGAUUUUCCAUAUUUUGGUCAUUUUUUCCCGACGCAGUCUAUCUGUGACCUUCAGCACGACCGGAAAAUACAUCAGCAGUUAAGUCAGAGAGCUGAGUUUGGCUGCACUGAGUCGCCCCCACCCCAAGGAAAAUUCAGUCACCUGCCGCAGAGGCAGCCUUUCACCGCUCAAGUCUCCAUCGAACCCGAGCGCAGCGCAUACUCCAGACCGGGACAAAUCAGCCGCUAGCCAGUGGAGGAGGUUGAAGCCGAUGUGGAGACUGCCGCGUUGCCAUCGCCGACUUCCGUAAAUCCAAACAAGGUUAGGAUCCAAAUGGACUCCCCCAUCACCCACCAUAUAAAUAACGGCAAUGGCAGUAGCACCGGCAAUAUGUUGUCCGGGGGACUCGGGGGCGGUUUUCCGAACCUCCAGAACCAAGAGAUGCAGAACCCGAGUGGCGCCUCAGCUUCACCUCCCCUCCCUGGAUUCGGAACCCCGUGGUCCGUUCAGACCAGCUCUCCACCACCACCCGUUUCUAACUCGGCCAACCCUAUCCACCACUCAAACGCGAUUAAUCAGUUGCCUCAUACAGACCCAGACAACAGCUUCUAUCCCGGUAUCCCCUCGUCUAUCAACCCGGCCUUCUUCCAGAGUUUUUCUCCGGUGUCGACUAAUCCAUGCCCAGGGAUUAACGUGCAGGGCUUCAGCAGCCAGUUCUCACCCCAGAUCAACGCCCACCAGCAGCCGCAGCAGCAGAGCCGCAGGUCCCCCGUCAGCCCCCAGAUGCACCCCCAGCACCAUCAUCAGCACCAGCAGGGCGCCUUCCUGCAGCAGAGGAACAACUACAACCACCACCACCAGUCCAUGGUGAAGCAGUCUCCCUGGACUAGCAGUCACCAGGGGAGUGGCUGGGGCUCUGGGAAUGUGUCCUGGGGUCGGGACCACCGUCGUGGUGGAGGCAUGGGCAUCCCGGGCUCUGUCAGCCAGGUUUCCCCCAUGAAGAAGCCCUUCCCCAGUAACGUCAUUGCACCUCCCAAGUUCCCCCGCUCCGCCGGCUCCAUGGGCCCCAAGUCCUGGAUGGAGGAGAACAUGUUCCGAACAGACAGUAACAGUAACACGCUUAUGCCUCUCCAGGAACGCUCUAGAAUGUACGACAGCCUGAACAUGCACUCCCUGGAAAGCUCUCUGAUUGACAUCAUGCGGGCGGAGCAAGAUCCAAUGAAGGGUCGUGUGGGAUGCCCUCAUCCCGGGGCUGACGGCCUGCUCAUGCUCAAUGCAAGGAGCUAUGGGAGACGUCGAGGCCGCUCCUCCCUGUUCCCCAUUGAAGACAGCCUCCUUGAUGAUGGGCACGGUAACCAAGGCAUCCCAGGGCUUGGCCCUAACUGUUACCCCCACCAGAACGGGGAGCGCAUCGAGCGUUUCUCACGCAAAGUGUUUGUGGGCGGCCUGCCCCCUGACAUAGAUGAAGAUGAGAUCACCAACAGUUUCCGUCGCUUUGGCCACCUGGUGGUGGACUGGCCACACAAGGCUGAGAGCAAAUCCUACUUCCCCCCCAAAGGUUACGCCUUCCUGCUGUUCCAGGAGGAGAGCUCAGUGCAGGCUCUGAUCGAGGCCUGCAUGGAGGAGGACGGCAAGCUCUACUUGUGUGUCUCCAGCCCCACCAUCAAAGACAAGCCUGUCCAGAUUCGUCCGUGGAACCUGAGUGACAGUGACUUUGUGAUGGACGGUUCUCAGCCCCUGGAUCCUCGCAAGACCAUCUUUGUAGGAGGGGUCCCCCGCCCUCUCAGAGCAGUGGAGUUGGCCAUGAUUAUGGACCGUCUCUAUGGGGGGGUCUGCUAUGCUGGCAUCGACACCGAUCCAGAGCUCAAGUACCCCAAAGGUGCGGGGCGCGUCGCAUUCUCCAAUCAGCAGAGUUACAUCGCUGCCAUCAGCGCCAGAUUUGUCCAGCUGCAACAUGGAGACAUUGACAAGCGGGUGGAGGUAAAGCCCUAUGUUCUGGAUGACCAGCUGUGUGAUGAGUGCCAGGGUGCGCGUUGCGGUGGGAAGUUUGCCCCUUUCUUCUGCGCCAACGUGACCUGCCUGCAGUACUACUGUGAGUUCUGCUGGGCUAACAUCCACUCCCGCGCCGGCCGGGAAUUCCACAAGCCGCUGGUCAAAGAGGGGGCUGAUCGCCCACGCCAAAUCCACUUCCGCUGGAACUGAAGAAGAACGCGACCACACGUCACCAUGGCGGCACAGUCAGAAGGAACGGUCAAGGAAGAGAGACAUCGCCAGGCAGGAAAAAGGGCAUCGCUCUGCCUCUUACCCUAAGCUAUCAGUAUAGAGUACAUAACAGUAUACAGUAUAUAUAUCUUUUGUAGCAGCCAAACACUACAAGCCUCAGUUUUUCACCAAAACCCCCCAUACAUCUCAGGCUCUGACAACUUUUUUGUGGUACUUUAAUGUUUUUUAAGAGGAGAUUUAAAAAGAGAUUGAUUUUUUGUAGGUUUUUCAAAUUAUUUUUAUAUGUGAGAUUUAACGUAGAUAUGAGAAUGUUUUUGCAUGGGAGCAGCCCAUCUGUCUGUCUGUCUGUCUGCUGCUAGCCACCCCCUAGUGGGUGUAGCGUGCCCUUGUUUCUGGGAAAACCUUGAUUCUAUAAUCUGAACGCCUGCCCCAGGUCAUUUACCAAAGGUAACAAAACGAUAGUAAAGCAUAAAAGUGAUAAAUUUCUGACACAAAACAAACUCUUAUUUUUUAUUGUUGAUAAUCAUUUGUUCUUUUUCCCCAUCAGGGAAGCCAUUUACAAAAAUUUGGAGGUUAUUUUUGCUCUCAUUUUGACCUGAAAAAAUAUUACCUCAAAAUAUGAAUCUGGUUUUUAUUAAUUCUAUUUAACCUUUUAAAUCACAAGCUAUAUUAGAAGCUUUGCUGCUAUAUAUAAUAUAUGAAUAGAUGUAUAGGUGGUAUAUAUUAACGCCAGCUAUAAACCGGAAUCUUGAAAAAUGAAAUGCAGUCCGCACUCACACACUCAUGGCCCCCAUUGCCAUGGAAGAAUAGAAUGUGAAAAUUGAAGUGCAUGUUUGUGUCUAUACACCCUUUGCAUGCAAGAUAGACUUAACCAAUACAUGUAGGAUAAAGAACAAACUACAGAAACUAUAUAACAGAAAACACUCAAAUCCUACUUUGAAUAGCAACAACAACAAAAAUGUCAGAAGCCUAGGUGUAAGAAAAAAUAUAUAUAAAAAUGAAGAUAAAGGAAAAUACAUGAAAACGACUUAACAUUCAAAAAUCUUGCAUGCAUUGAUGUUGAUCUGUUGUUUGAACCAUUUACAUACUUAUUAUACAAGAAAAGCGAUAUUGGUUCUAAACUAGUGGAUGCCACCAUUUUGUGAUGUGGUGGUUUGUAUGGAGUAAUGAACCCUGUUGAGAAGCUGAGUGGCGUUCAGUCAGUGGUUAGUGUCUGUGUCGUGGCUGUGCUGUCUGUGUGAAUCUUGUUGGUGUGUGGAAUGAGGUUUUAGUUUAGUAACAAUGUAGGUAAACUAGAGGAGAAUGAGAACAUCACAACAUUUUGCCUUCACCCUUCCUAUCCUCCUCACCUUUGUAUAGUUCCAGAGGUUACUCUAAUGUAGCAUAACCCUUUGCAGACCGAAAGCAUACACAGAAGCCAGGCUGGAUCUGAUUUCUACAGGCAUAAGACUGGGAGAUGUGUGUUUAUGCCAUGUGUUAGGCUAGUUGGCCAAUUUAAACCACUGUUCAAAUGUUGAACAAGAGAAGGAUCCAUAAGAAGAAGGAUCCUUAAGAAAGUGUCUGUCCAACAUCUGUUCCUGAGUUGUGUAUCAGGCUACUCAGUUUGAUACACUGUUCUCCAAAACAACCAGGCUCCCAUACAUAUUGUAGUUACAAGUUAUUAGACUACAUACCUGUAGAAAGUGAUCCAGUUUUAUGUCCUGCUAAUGCAAGAUGACAAAGACACACUCCCUCAUAUAUUUUCAGUGAUGGGGAAAUAAUUAAAAUUUAAAAAAUUGGCCUGCAGAAUAUGAUUAACUGUGUUCUUUGUUUAUCUAACUGUGACCCUGUCUCUCUGUGAGUAAUGACCUGCUGGUGCACUAGCCAGCUGUUUGGUACUGUAUAUGUCUGUAUCUCUACAGUAUAAUAUCCCUGUUAUCCUUGUGUCAUUGUGUUUCCUGGUGUGGAGUCAGUCCUUGGUAUGCGGUUUAGACGUGGUUCAGGGGUCAAGUGUGUACUGUCACUACUACUAUUUCAUGGAUAUAAGAUUGUUUAUGUUAAUUUAUUCACCUAUUAGAUCGUUUAUUUGUUCAUGUCUUUAACUUGUGAGUUGGGACCCCCUCUCUGUCCCCUGCCUCUCUAAUCACUUUUGAUAAUAUAUUAUGCACUACCUUUUCUAUAUUUUCCCUCUGAUUAUUUGAUUCUUGACUCGUUAUCACCCUACCAGUUAGUCAGCUGAUUCAAUGCAGACAUGGUUUGGGCAACAACCUAUUUUGCUCAAUUUAAUCACUCUUAAAAGAUUCAGUUCUACCGAACUUCUACCGAUUUAUAAUUCUACCAGAUUAUUUUAUUUUUUCAUAAUGACUUAUUUAAGAAAUUGUGUGAGGAGGCAUUGGUCUUAGGUUUUUCUAUGUGAAUGAAGCAGUAUUCUAAUAUGUUCUAAUGUAUUCGUAGGGGGUCCUGUUGUCUGUCAGUCUCUCCGUCAACUGAAAGAAGGAAGAAGUGCCACAGGGUACUGUGCUAUGAUGAUUGGCUCUAGAGAAAAUGGUGGCCAAAAAACGAUGAGCAACCAUUCAAAGCAAAUGAAGGAUCGUUAUUAAGCCCCCACCCUGUUUGUUCUUUGUCCCGGGGGCCUCGGCUCUCGUGGUGUGGUUGGUGUUGUGCUCAGAACAGAACAGAGCUCUCUUGUACUUUGUCACCAUUGACAUGUAACACGACUCCUUGUGCUGUUUGUUGAGUAAUGGGUCCUAUUUUACAAGUUGAACACUGUUACUUUGUAUGUGUGUGUCUUUUUUUGUAAGAAUCAUAUUUAUUUCACUAUUUUUGUAGACAAAUAACUAUUUGAUUUUGAUUGUAUUUUUCUAUUUCAAUAGGUUAUUAUUAGUAGUAGUAGUAGUAGUAGUUGUAUUACACACAUUUUAGUGCCCCUAAUAUUCUAAUUAUGUCUGGCUCUGUUGAAAGACAAAAAUAAACAAAAGAUUUGAACAAAUAAUUAUGUAAUUGAUGUAUCAAUAUAUGACUGUUUUAAUAUAUCAAUAUGGUUAAUAUACAAGUACACAUUUACAUAUUUUAUUUGAAGGAAGGAAACAUUGAGGGUUCUAUUAUAUUCAUGGAAGACACUUGAGAUUCUCCCCCUGUUGCAUCGAGGCCUACGGUGCCUCUCCUCAUAGAUGCUCUGAAACUUGAAUAUAACACAUUUUGAAAGGCUGAUUAACCUCGAAUAUGUGUUGUGACGUGCAAUACUGUUUCUAAUGUUUGUAUAAAAAGUAAAAAUUACAGUGUAAACCUUUUUAAUGCAGAUUUAUUUUUUUCAUUGCAUAUUUUGCAGAUUUCUGAUCCACAGUGUCAUUUUUUACUGUCAGAAAAGAAACCCCUUUUUUUCAUUGCAACUAUUUUUCAAUCCAGAUAUCUUUGUACUGAUGUAAAUGAUUGUAGUUAUUUUGGAUAGUGUUUUGCUACCAAAAGGAGAGAAGUUUUCAUGCAUAUUUCUAUUUAAUUUUAUUCCGUUUUUUAUUUAAUUUAAUAGAAGCAGAAUACUUGGAAUAAUUUUUCAUAUUAUAUGUCAUUGAUAUUAUUUUGUAUUUUUAUGUGGAAAUAUAUAUAAUUUUAAGAUGCCAAUUGCUAAGAUAUUAUUUUAAUUUGAAUUAUUUUUAAGCUAAAUCUUUGUAAUAUUGUUAAAGUAACUCAUUUCUAAAUCGGAGUUUGUGUAUGAAUUCACAAAAGUGGUUUAUGAGGUGUUCGGAUUGUAAUUAUUACUCAAUGGUUCUUUGAUAUGCAAAAUUAAUAUCAUGUCGAUUUUAAUUUUUGUUUUGUAUUUAAAUGGGGUGUUGAUUACAAUCUGUUUUCUUUCAUUUCCUGAAUAAAUAAAGACCCAUUCUGUUCAGACACAA